AUGGUUGAUUUCCUCAACGCAGUCACUAUUCGAAGAAGCGACCUUGAUGACAGUGAAUUAAUAGAAGACUUGAUAAGGGGUGACGUUCACCGUGAGGCCGCCAAGCGAUUAUUCGGCGUUGACAUUAGCAUCACGAACUUCAUUGAGACAUCUUAUCUUUCAGUUACUGCACUAGACCCAGAUGGCACUAUCAUCGCUUUUGCAGUCUUCGACGACUAUCCUCCAGGCCUACGUAGCAAUGAUGGCAAGCACGAAAACUAUUGGGAGCCUUGGUACAACCUUGCAAGAGGGGUUAAUGAUGAGCUAAACUCCCACAACACGCUUUGGCUUAAAUUCUAUGCAAUUGGAGAAGCUGAGCCGGAAAUCCAGAACGAAAUCUUUGUAAAGAUUUUGCAAAGCGCUUAUUACUCAUUACCGAUUAUUCGUGGGACUAUGUUUUUAGCGCGUGGAGAGGCUCAGCCAGAAGAUUACCAAAUUACAGGGUUUGAGUAUAUAAAGGACAAGUUUGAAGAAUUAGAUUUACAUAGAAGGGAGCAGCUGAGUGAGGUCAGAGGGGUCCAUUUCAACACAAUCUUUUAUUAUACUGUUAUAGACUAAUAAUAAAUAUAGAUAUUUAUAUUAAAAUUAUAUUUAUUUCUAGAAAAACGCAUACUCAGAUAGAAGAAUGAUCAUUCCUCAGCUUGAAAUCAGAAUUGCUAGAGAAGAAGACCACGAUGAUUUAGCUGCAAUUUUUAACUCUCAGUCAGAUAUCACCACUGAUGUAUAUGGAGACUAUUAUAUAGCAGAACUUAUAGCUCAACAAAGCCCUCAGCUGAAAUCUUUUACUGCUCAAGUAAAUGAAAAAGCUGUCGGCAUGCUUACUGUUAAAUCAGAUAUCGUCAUAAAUGACUUAUGGCCUUGUUUCGAGCUAGAUCCUUAUGAUAACUUGCUUGACCCAGACUAUAUGGACAUUGUGAGAGAAAAAAGAAACCAAAUUAUUGAGAAAAGAGCUAUUGAGGCCCAAGAAAGGGCAAGGCAAGAAGCCAAAAGACAGAGGGAAGAGACUAUGAUUUGUAACAUGAUUGCACAAAGAAUGUCCUUACAAGAGUAUUUAUUGAUGAAGCAAGAACAAAUUUUUGCAGAGCUUGAUGGGAUUAUGAAUAAUGAAGACAAUUAUCAGGCUAUGGAUAGAAAAGCGGUCCAGGGGCUGAUUGAUGGGUGGCUUGAUAAUUUUGUGGUUCAGCAGCCUUCUGAGUAUUUUUUAGAUCAUCCUAGUGAUGAUACUACUUUAGUUUGUAACAUUUUAUCUGAAAGCGAAUUUUUCUAUGACUGCUUAGAAUUUUUCGGCCUCCCAGAAGGCUAUAUGAACGGAGAAGGCCACUUCACAAACUGGUAUCGCAAAAAAGAAGAAGAACUUAAACAAAGCCAAGCCGCAAAAGGAGCUACCUACGGCAAACAAAGAGGUGGUAAAAGAGACGUUAAAAAGAUUCGUCUCCAAGAAGAGCUCAAACUCCCAGACAUUCCUGAGCAUUUCGACUUAGAACCUUUAAUGAAAGCCCUGCGUGCUUUUAUUGACGCAAAUUCUGACAGCAGAACCCGCUUCAGAAACGAAGUCAAGCGGAAUUUAGCAAAACUUGAGUAUUGUUUCAGAAAAGAAGAUGGGACAGUUGAUAAAAAUUUGGUCAAUAUAAAUACAACGAAUUUUGCAGUACAUCUUGAAAAAGGAGGGUUUAAUUUUGACCCUGUUGUAGCUAAUGUAAUUGGACCCAUGCUGAGGUGCUUUGGAAAUUUAAUGACAAGAAAUGAACAAAAAGUAUAUCAGCCGCCUCAGCCAGCUGAAGAAGAAAAAAAAGCAACGAAGUUCCAAAGAGGCAGAGGCAGAGCACAGCAAGAAAAAGAACAAAAAGUGCAGCUGUCACAAGAAGUAGAGUGUGGGGUUAUAGUUGAACAUCAGAAAAAUAAAGAAGGACAAGUGCUGCCUGCUUAUGUCACUUAUAUGAAAACUUCUUACAAUGACGUCAUAAGAUCAUUAGACAUUAUUGAAGACUUCGACAAAACUCUCUAUCAGCUACAAAUGGUAAGUGGAGAAGAGCUUAAAAAAGAAGCUGAAUUUUUAGAUAGAGAAAAUAUGAACUCUAGACAAAGAUCAUCAGAAGCUGGAAUGUCAAGGCAAGCUUCUAUGAUGAGACAAACUGGAGAAAAUUUCGAAAUCGAAAGAAAACUGUCAACACAACAUGCUUCAGAUGAAGACGAAAUUAACUUUGAAAACGACAAAGAAUUGCUGUAUAAAGAAGCUGUAGCGGAGUUAGAUGACUUAAAUUCUAUACCAGACCCGCCAGAAAUUGCAAAAAAUGCGUUUUGUUUGGUGCUGUAUUGUAUAGAUGAAGCUUUCGAUUCGUUUGGAAUUGAAUUUUUAGAGACUGCAUUUGCACAGUUUCCGACUAGGGAUUAUAUGAUUAUUACGCAGCCACAUACUGUGCCUGAAAACUCACUUAUGAAAUUUUUCACGCCUAUACCUAAGAAGCCAAGUAAUACAUAUUCACAUGUCCUUUAUGUUAUGCAUCGUGAUUGCUUGAUGUUUAGACAUAUACUGUAAUAUGAUAAAUUUAUUUUUAUUUUAAUAUAAAUAAAAGGAAUGUCCUAUAAUGGACUUAUUUUAAGCUCAAUUAACCACAGUAUAUACAAGUCAGACGAACAGAUCACUCUGACCUAGAAAACAUGGACCACCUUUUAAGCACCCUAGAAAACACCAACGAAGUUUUAGAGAAAGUAAAACUUUCUUUACUCCCCCCCCCCCCCCUCCGUGAGCGAACAAAAAAAAUUUUGUUCGUUCACGGGAGGGGGUUAAUUUUUUUUUUUAAAAAAAAUUUUAUAUAUAAAUUUUAUAAAAAAUAUUUUUUUCGAAAUUUAAAAAAAUCCUAAUUUGCAAAAAUUGGGAAGCAAAUAUUAAUUUAAUUUGCAAAAAUUUAUGUUUUAAAACGCAAUUUGUUUAAAAUUAAACAGAAUUAGCUCUAGAUUUCAUUAUACUAAUUAUCACUUAUAUAUCAAAAUUUUUUUCCAUUAAAAUUUUUUCUAUUAAAAAAAAUUUUUGUUCACUCACGGAGGGUGGGUUUUUGGUCAAAAAAUGGCGAUUUUUCUAAUGGUUUUGUUUUCGCUCACGGAGGGGGGGGGGGAGUUAGAAGAAAAAGCAGACUGUCCAUUCGUCAGUUUUACAGCUUUAUGCAAAUCAGAAAUAAUCGGCCUAUUUGUCUUAUCUCUUGAUGUAAACUUACGAUACUAUCAGUCUCAUUUUCACAUAGAAGAACAUAUGCUCCUUAAUGAGCACAAACGAGAAGGCCAUACCCGUCUCCUACACGAAGUCAUAAAUCCUAUAUUUUUAAGGUGCCAAAAUCUUAUGGUCAGAGACGUAAUGAGACUUAUGAAUAAAACUUGCAUGUACUUUGAAAUCCACGACAUGACGGUCAUUCCUGACAUUUUUAAUGACCUAUUAUAUGCAAGAUCGCGAAAAUUCCCCCAUUUCUUAGACAAGCCUUGGGACCAUGAAAAAGCCCUCACAAAUGAAACUGAUGGACUUGCCAACCAAGAUGGAGCUGACCGAAAAUACCAAGACGAAAAAGAAAGCGAUUUUGCUUUAUGCUUUAUUACAAAAAAGCAUUUAAGUGAGCCAAAAAUUGUAGUUAACCAUAGAAUUGUGGUAGUUGGAGCUUCAGACGCAGGGAUUUCCUUUAUCGAGUCAUUGCUGUCUAAUAUGUAUUUACAGUUCAAUAAUAUUUAUUUGCUAGCUCCAGGAGGAUUAUCAUAUUACCAUAUAAAAAACGAGUCACAGAACAUGAAAGCAAGCUCUACCAGCUAUUCAUUAUCAGAAAUGAUUAGACUGUUAUUGGAAAGCAGAGUUACUGUGAUUGAUGGAAGAUUAAUUGAAAUUGAUAGAGAACAUAAACAAAUUAUCCUGCAUGAUGACUCAAAACUGAUGUAUGAUAUAUUAAUUUUGACUAUGGGGCUACAAGAUUCAACAUUGCAACAGAUGGGAAGAGUUAGUAGAGGAAUAGCACCAAUCCCUGAAAAUAAAAUAUAUACAGAUGGGGUACUUUCAAUUGAUGACCCGUACUUGUACCAACAUUUCAGACCUGAAGGAAAUUUGAUGGCAAUUUUAAAUCAUAGAAAACAGCCUGGGACGACUGUUAUUUAUGGGUAUACGCUGAACGCAUUUGCAUUUAUACAAGGACUGCUGAGUAAAGGAAUUAACCCAAUAAGAAUCAAGCUAGUUGUGCCACAUGCAGUUUUUGAGCCAGAUGACAGCUUAGAUCCUCAUUUUGGAGGUGAUGAAAAUAUCCUUAUAAACCACCCUGCUUUUGAAAAUGAUCAAAACGUCGAAAAAAGGAUGCGAGAAGAGCUGAAAAAGCUAUACCAUAUAAACUGGAUUCUAAUUAUAUUUUAAAUAAUUUUCAAUAAUAUUAAUUUAAAACCAUUAUAUAUAAAUAUCCAAGCUUAUUAUGGAGCUACCUUACUAAGCAUUAACACUGACGAUAAAAGCAACUUACAGUCCAUCACAAUCAGCUAUAAUGAAGAAGAGCUCACAUUAAACUGCAAAGUGUUAGUGACUGCUGGAAGAGUGGACGUGGAUGAUGAAAUCUUUGGAGCAAUCCAUAACAAUGGGCUUGUCUUUAACGGCAGAGUCAUUGUGAGCAACCAAUUCUUGACCACUGACCCUUCUAUAUAUGCUGCUGGAACCUUAUGUGAGUUUUCUCAGCAAUUCAGAUCUCUCUCAGCAGGAAGGUGUCUAAGAAUGGACCGCUAUAACGGCAGAGAAAUAGGUGUCAGAUUAGCUAGAUCUGUGCUAAGCAUGAUUGAGCUUGAUUCGCUACAAGGACUUUUUGAAGACCUUAAAGACGAAAUGCCUUAUUUCUAUAUGCCCCGUGGAAAAGGUGGCAUGCUCCCAGGAAAUUUCCACUAUUAUUAUAUUGAAGCUCCAAAGUACGCUGAGCCUAAAAUCAUUAAAAAUAAUCCCAAAAAUAGAGAAGACGUCAUUUCUGAUACAAUUCAUACUGACGAAGAAGGAAAUAUUAAAGGACACUAUAUAAAAUUCACGUUUAAUAAUUUUGGAUUGGUAGACUCAGUCACUUAUUUCAGCAAAGAAUCAGUCGAGGUCCAAAGCUUGUGGAGAUUUGUAGGGCUUAGUGAAACUUAUUUAAAUAAAUUGAGCCAAAGAUUUAAAAAUAACUUGAUUCCUGAUGUCGCUGAAUUUUUGUCAGAAAAUUGGGCGAUGGCGCUAUAUCAUGAUUGGUUUGCAGAAUUCAGUAAUGGGGUCAAAGGAGAUUUGAAGCAGAGCAUAGCGGAUAUUAUUGAAAAGGUAAAAGAAAUGGCUGAUAAAGGAGAAGAACUUACGCGUGAACAAGUACUAAAAUUAAAAGCGAUGGUACCAAAAGAAGCAAAAAGAAUGGUUCAGGAAAGCACUUUGAGAUAUAUCAAGAGCAACUUGAAUCAUUUGCCAAUGUAUUACAUUCCUGGAGUGGAGUUUCCUUAA